UUGAAUUAGUCCGUUUUGGCAGUGUGAGGAAAUUUGAUUGAAAAAAAUGUAUAAUUCAUAAAGCAACUGAAUACGAUCGACGUGUCUACACUCACUCAGAGUGUAUUCAUCGGCACCGCCAUUUUGCAAUUCGCAAAAAAAUGAAAAUUCCGAUUUGAAUAAUCCUUUCGAAACGCGAACCGAAAGUGAAUGGUGGAAUUUUGAUGGUUUUUUUCUUCUUCAUUUCAUAUCAAACAGAAAGUAAAUUGGGAUUUUUUUUUCUCUUUUACUGAGGGGGUGGAUUGUUUCCAUUCGUCCAUAAUUAUAUCAAUUGAUAUCAAUUCGGUCCGGUCAACAUCGAAUGUGUUGGCAUUUGUCAAAAAGAAAAAGAAGAAGAAGAAACAGUUUUCAGUGUGUGGUGCAUUACAACGCAAUUUUUUUGUACAUUUUUUUCCUGACCAAUUUCUGACCAACAAUCAAACAAAAAACCAAUGCGUCCAUUUAUUUCGUGCAGAUUUAUAAAAACCGAACCGAAUUAAAAAAAAAAAAAACAAAACGAAAAAAAUACACACAAACGCAAAACGAAAAAAAAACAAAAACAAAAAUCCGAGUUCACGCGUCCGGGUCACCAGAAACCGUUCGGAAAUCGAUUACCAUCUAAUCUCUAAACCAAAACAAACAAAAAAUCAAACUCAAAAACCGAACCGAAACGAAUACCGAUCGAAAAAGUGCGUACAACGGUUUAAAUUUUAACGCGGAUAAUUUCCGGGGAAAUAAUCAGAACAGACAGACACACAGAGAGAAAGGGAAAGUCGCAGUCGAGUCCCGAACAAAACGCAAAACAAAAAUACCAGAAUGCCGGGUACUGGAACGUUUAAGCUAUUCAUCGGUAAUAUCGAAGAGAAAACGUCGCCGGCAGAUUUACGGCCACUAUUCGAAAAGUAUGGAACUGUCGUGGAAUGUGAUGUUGUAAAAAAUUAUGGAUUCGUACAUAUGGAAAAUGAGCAACAGGGUCGCGAUGCGAUACAAAACUUAAAUGGUUACGUUGUAAAUGGCAAUCCAAUAAAAGUUGAGGCGGCUAAAAGCCGGCGCGCACCAAAUACACCGACCACAAAAAUAUUUGUCGGCAAUUUAACGGAUAAAAUGCGAGCGCCCGAAGUUCGUGAACUAUUCACACAAUACGGCACGGUCGUCGAGUGUGAUAUCGUUCGAAAUUAUGGCUUUGUGCAUUUAGAUUGCGUUGGCGAGGUGAACGAAGUGAUUCGCGAACUAAAUGGAAAAAUGGUCGAUGGCCAACCGCUUAAGGUUCAAGUAUCAACCAGUCGCGUACGACCGAAACCGGGCAUGGGCGAUCCCGAACAGUGCUAUCGAUGCGGUCGUUCCGGUCAUUGGUCUAAAGAAUGCCCACGGUUAAUGUUUUCAGAUCGCGGCGGCGGCGGCGGCGGCAGCAGUUUUCGUGACCGGUAUUCGGGCCAUUCGCGUGAUCCGUAUCCUCCGCCACCACCACCACCCUUUUUACAUGAUCGCUUUCGGGACUACGAUUACUAUGACAGAUACGAUGAUAGCAGAGACUUAUUCGACAGACGAUACUCGGGAAUGGGCAACAGUGGAAUGCGAGGUGGAAUUCCAAUGGGCAGACGUGAUCCAAUGCCAAUGCCACCAACAUUGGGAGGUGGUUUGCGCGGGCUGAGCGGAAGCAAUUCAAUGCGUGGAGGCUCUGGAUACGAUUCAAUGUUCAGCAGGCGAACACCACCUCGAUCCAGCAAUGGAUUGGGCAGAUUCAGCAACUAUGAAGAUUUCAGCCGUGAUUCAUUCGACGAUCGUCGACCGCCACGCGAUUCAUUCGAUUCAUUUGAUCGCCGUCCUCGUGGACAAUCACCAACAUACCGAUAUGCACCAUAUUGAAGUCUCUAAUAAAAUACAAAAAUCCAAAAGUGAAUUAUUACAGGCAACAUUAAAAACAAAACUAAACAAAAAAAACCUAACACAAGAAAAAUAUUUAUUUGUAAAUGAUAAACCAAGAGAAUGAGAGCCAUGAAAUAAGAAUGAUAAAAAAAAACACAUUUUGGCUUACAUACAUUA